AUGAGGAACAUGUCUUCGAAUAUGACGGUGCUUCAACAAGCUUGGGAAGCAUUUAUUCAGAUGAAAGCUCGGAUGAGACAGACCUGGAUGAAUGUGGUGAAUGCUCCGGACCAUCUGGUAACAAAUCUCACGGGGAUGCUUUCUCGCGAUAAGCUGCACUUGCCGGCGAAACAAGUUUGGCUUGGCAGACAUAUUGAAGAUAGUGCGGUCUGCAGCUCUCCUAAACCGAGUCGCACUCUUGACUAUCUGUUAUUAGCGAUAUCUAAUGGGGACAAGCUUUUCUCCUCAGUUCAAACAAUGAACACAGUUCAUCCCGGGUUGUACAAGUCUGGCAAUGGGUCUGAAAAGGACCGUCAGGUGCUUGAGGUUCGACAACCAGCCGCUAUUGGCGAUUCGGAGAGUGAGGUAAUGAUCAUCACCGCGAUAGGUGCAAUUUUGGGUACACUCAUACCCGGUGCGACAUCGUUCCGCAAACCUGGCAGUACGGAGUUCCAGAAAGUAUGCAUCGUUUUUGCCGAAUCCCAAGCGUUUGAAGAGGAUUGUGGUGCCGCCGUUAUCGAUGCAUCAACAGGCUGCUUUUACGGAUAG